AUGCUCCUCUUUCAACUCAAAGAUCCAUGCACUGAAAAUCCUUGUGAGAACGGGGGGAAGUGUAGACUGGAGGGUAACUCUUUCAAGUGCAACUGCACCAAGCCAUAUUUUGGAGAUAAAUGCGAGAAAGAUCCAUGCACAAUUAAUCCUUGUGUGAAUGGCGGCAAAUGUAAACUGCUGGGUAAUUCUUUCAAGUGCGAUUGCACUAAACCAUAUUUUGGAGACAAAUGCGAGAAAGAUCCAUGCACUGAAAAUCCUUGUGAGAACGGAGGAAAGUGUAGAUUACAGGGUAACUCUUUCAAGUGCGACUGUACUAAGCCAUAUUUUGGGGAUAAAUGCGAGAAUGAUCCAUGCACAAUUAAUCCUUGUGUGAAUGGCGGCAAAUGUAGACUGCUGGGUAAUUCUUUCAAGUGCGAUUGCACUAAACCAUAUUUUGGAGACAAAUGCGAGAAAGAUCCAUGCACAAUUAAUCCUUGUGUGAAUGGCGGCAAAUGUAGACUGCUGGGUAAUUCUUUCAAGUGCGAUUGCACUAAACCAUAUUUUGGAGACAAAUGCGAGAAAGAUCCAUGCACUGAAAAUCCUUGUGAGAACGGAGGAAAGUGUAGAUUACAGGGUAACUCUUUCAAGUGCGACUGUACUAAGCCAUAUUUUGGGGAUAAAUGCGAGAAUGGUUAA